UAAAAUAUUUGAAAAAAAAAAACGUAUUCAGUAAUAGCGUAGAUGGAGGGCAAUAUGGAUACUUCGGCAAUAGGUGACAAAUAUCAUUCGUUACCAGUUUCACUUGCUGAGAUAUUAAGAAAACGUGGAACUAAGUUGAAAAACGAACAUUCACUUCCAUGUGGUGAUUGGAAAUCGGUAAAUGGUGAUGAAAAAAUGAUCAAUGGUUCAUCGGAAUAUAAUGAAAUUGAGUGUCCACUCGAUUCACCAACUUUUCAUGCAUUACCUAAUUUACCAAUUGAUUUUGAGGAUCCGAAAUGUGUACAAUGUUUUUUGGAUAAAAAUUCACCACUUAUUAAAGUAUUAUUUCACAUUCGAAAACCAAUUGCGUGUUAUCAAUCAUGUAAACUUAAUCCAAACUGUGCACUUACAUUUUCUGCCCUACUAUCAGUUAUGUACAUGAAUACAUCAUCAGCUUUUAUCACAAUUGCAAUGUUACUAUAUAAUUUAGUGCCAGUAUUGGAUGUUGGCUUAUACGUAUGCCGUUUCAUUAUCGAUAAAACGAUUGAAAUCGUUGAUACAGAAGAUCGUUAUGAUUUUUAUUUAAAAACAUUUAUAUUUGUUUGUCAAGUGGCCUUUGUAUCGUUAUUAUGUGUUAUACUAACGUCCAUUAUUAUACUUCCAAUACUGAGUUUAGUGGGUCAAAUUGUGUUGCGUUCUAUACAUAUUAUCGCUUAAUAUUAGUCGAUCGAUUCAUUUUUGU